AAAAAAAUAAGAUUAGAGUAAAAAGACAGGUCGGAGAAAGCCUUUGCGCAUCGACUCAACGGUCGCAAGACCAAAGUAAGAACAAAACCAGACUCUUGUUAAUACUCACUGCUCAUGCAAUCCUGAUCGAUUAACCUAGAAUUUUUUAGUGAUUACGGAUAGAAUGGAUUCUGGGAAGGGUAUAGAUUCAUUUCAAUUUAAAGUGAAGGGGGAAUUGAGCAAUGUCGUAGGCGGUCAUGCGGGUGAAUCGUCUUCCGUUCAGAGGAGAUUGAGCCCUCGACUUCAUAAGGGAAGUAAAAUGCUUCAAGAAGUGUGUGAUGAUGCCAUUACAGUUUGUCAAGUUGAGAGAAGAUGUAGCCCUAGGCUUCGUCAUAAUUGUGUGAUUAAUGAGGGAAUUGAGACUUCAAAGAUAUCUGGUGCGGAAAGGAGACAAAUGUCUCGGUUUUGUGGUAUUCUAGGAAAGGAGAAGCAGAUAACUGAGACUCAAUUGCAAAACGGAUUAAACCCUAAAAGUCAGGAAAAUCAGGAGGAAACUUUUGUUAACACUCCAGCGCAAUCAAGAUUAAGCCCUAGAAUUCAUAUUGAGCAGAAGGAUGACAAUCAGGAAACUCCACAGGAGACUUUUGUUGGACAUAAGAGACCAAUUGUUGAUUCCGACCAGUGUAGUGCCAAGAGAACUAUAAAUGGUGAUGUUAAAGAUGAAUGUAAAGUUGAUUUCGAGUGUUCAUAUGUGAAUGAUAUAACAUCUACUUCUAAUGGUGACUCACCCCAGCAAUUAACUUCCACCGUAAAAGCAUGCGCAAAUAAAGCAAUGAAACAAGGGGAAGCUGUAAGCAGCCAUGCUAGGGUAAAGGAGACUUUGAGACUUUUUAAUACAUAUUACCUUCAAUUUGUUCAGGAGACUGAGGAAAAGCAAAAGCAAAAUCAAGAUGACAAUGACAAAACAAAGAAAACAAAAGCUUCUUCAUCUAAGGAAAAAGAUUUUAGGAGUCCUAAUCGACCUGACCUCAAGGCGUUUUCAAAGAUGAAAGCAAAGAACGAAAUAUUGUACCCUGAAAAGAUGAUUGGUGAUCUUCCUGGAAUCGAUGUUGGUUAUCAAUUUUAUUCUCGCUGUGAGAUGGCGGCCAUUGGUUUUCAUAGUCAUUGGUUGAAUGGCAUUGAUUAUAUAGGACAUGCCAAAAGCAAAAAAAGGGAAGACCUUCAAAAGUAUAAUUUACCCAUCGCAGUGGCAGUGGUGAUGUCUGGUCAGUAUGAAGACGACAUAGAUAAUGUAGAUGAUGUUGUUUACACUGGCCAGGGUGGACAUGACUUGCUUGGUAGUAAAUUACAACAAAAGGAUCAAAAAUUGGUUGGAGGUAAUCUUGCGCUUAAGAAUAGCAUGGAUCAAUCUGUUCCCAUCAGAGUUAUACGUGGGCAUCGAAAUAUUCAUAGUUACUCAGGAAAGAUUUACUCAUAUGGUGGGUUGUAUAAGGUUUCUGAGUCUUGGGCUGAUAAUGGUUGUAGAGGACACCUUGUCUACAAGUAUCGUUUACAACGGCUUCAAGGGCAACCAAAGCUGACUACAGAUCAGGUCCAAUUUGUUCGAGGAUGUCCGCUUAAGACUAUUUCAGAAUUGCCUGGGUUGGUCUGUCGUGACAUUAGCAAUGGCAUCGAACAACAUUGCAUUCCUGUUACAAAUUUGGUUGACGAUCCUCCUAUUUGUCCCCCAGAAUUUACCUAUAUCAAGUCUAUAGAAGUUGCAGACAGUGUGAAGCUACCUGCAAAUGCAAAUGGAUGCUCAUGCAAGGGGAAUUGCUCAAACCCCAACACUUGUGCAUGUGCAAAGCUUAACGGACCAGAUCUCCCAUAUGUUGGUCGUGAUGGUGGGAGAUUAGUGGAGGCCAAAGAUGUUGUCUUUGAAUGUGGACCAAACUGCGGCUGCAAACCUGGUUGCCUUAAUCGCAUAUCACAAAGGGAAAUUAAAUACCGUCUUGAGGUGUACCGUACACCUAACAAGGGAUGGGCUGUUAGGUCAUGGGACUAUAUUCCUUCAGGAGCACCUGUUUGUGAAUAUUUUGGGGUGUUGAGAAGAAGUGAUGAGCUUGAUAAUAUUGCUGGAAAUGAAUACAUCUUUGAAAUCGAUUGCUUGCACACUAUAAACGAGAUUGAAGGAAGAGAGAGGCGAUUUGGAAAUGUAAAUGUGUCUCUUGCUAUGGCUUCUCCAAAUAUAGAUAAGAAGACAUUAGAUGGGGGACCAGAAUUUUGCAUUGAUGCAGGUUCAAGAGGAAAUGUUGCUAGGUUUAUUAAUCACAGUUGCCAACCUAAUCUAUUUGUACAAUGCAUUUUGAGCGUCCACCAUGACUUACGACUAGCUCGUGUGGUGCUUAUUGCGGCAGACAAUAUCUCACCUAUGCAGGUGUAUUCUCACAGGGUCGGAGGGAGUAAAAUUUUAGUGUGUUAAGUCCACACAAGAAUUUCACAUUUUGCUUGGAUAUAUAUAGAACGUUCAGCGUACACGUACACUUCUAUUAGUCCUACAUUUUGUUUCUUCGGUUUAUCUAUUGUACCUUAAUUGAUCAACUUUUUCAACAGGAGCUCACAUAUGACUAUGGUUAUGCACUUGAUAGUGUUGUAGGCUCCGAUGGAAAAAUUCAAGUACUGCCUUGUUUUUGCGGUGCACCAGAUUGUCGGAAACGUUUAUAUUAGUCUUUUUCAGCCAUGUUUUUGCCUGUGUGGUGCUGAAGCUAACAAAACAUUAUUGAUGAAAAUGUAUUUUAUGAAAAUCUUUGGCGGCUUAGCGAAAAUGCCACUGUUAAUCAAACUUAUUUAUUUUGAGGAAUUUGACAUUACUAUAUCAAAUACAUGCUUUAAUUCA